GCUUCCAAGAUUUGACUAAUUUAUCUUCUCUUCAAUCAAUCAACUACAUCAAAUCCAACAAAAAACCAACACCAACGACAAUGGCUGAUCCAUCUCAACCACCUGCUGCUGACGCUCCACCACCGGCCACCGCACGUACAUUUUCUGUGGCGCCCAAGAGAGGGGCUAGGGCCGUGCCAAGUUCAAGUUCCGGUGCUCGUCUUAGUGUUCGCGAGACAGAAGUCAAGAGCCUCACAGAUGUUCGACCGGCAGUGAUCAAAUGGCUUCUCGGACAGGACCAUCUCUUCAACGAACUUGAGAAGAUCUCCGGACUUGAUCGAGAGAAGUUGUUCUACGUCUUCUGUGGCUUUUUCUCCGUCUACAUGAUCGCUGGCCCUGGCUGUGGUGUUGUCUGCAAUCUGAUUGGUUUUGGCUAUCCAGCGUACUGUUCGGUUAAGGCGAUUCGGACUGAUACCAAAGAUGACGACACUCAGUGGCUCAUCUACUGGACGACGUUCGCUGCCUUCUCCAUUGUGGACUUCUUUGCCGAGUCUAUAUAUAAAUGGUUCCCGCUCUACUGGCUCGCAAAAAUCAUCUUUCUGCUAUACCUGGCUCUGCCGCAAACCCAAGGGGCGCACAAUCUGUAUGUCCAGUAUGUGGAUCCGUUGUUCGACAAAAUGAAUAUGAUUGCCAAAGAACAGAUGAAAGGAUGA